AUGGUAAAUUAUAUUUUGUUUUUAGAUGUUUUACGCCAAGAAGAAAUUGAAAAAUUCUAUAAGGCUUGUCAACUGCACCGGGAAUUUUACAAGGGUUAUUCGAAAAGUCCACAUCCUUUGGAUUAUUUCAAUGAGAGCCCAUAUAAAUGGCAAUGUCCACCAGAAAUUUCUCCGAUAUAUUUAAGUUUUCCCCCAUAUCAUAUCAAGUAUAAAUCACCAGCAGCGUUACCAACAUCGACUGGACGAACCAUUGAUAUACCAGCCCUGCCACACCGCUCUUUAGCUGGUAGAUUUAAUAAGUCAGCAUGCAAAGCUUUUAUUCGUUAAAUUAAAUACUAAUGAAACUAUAAAAGAAUAAUUU